AUGCUGACGAACGACAGUGAGCUGAGGAUCGUGAUGGUCGGGAAGACCGGGGCUGGGAAGAGCGCCACCGGAAACACCAUUCUGGGCCGAGACUGCUUCGAGUCCAAGUGCGGUCCCAGGUCUUUAACCGUGGACUGUGCCAGAGGUAAUACGGUGAUAGGUGGAGAAGUUGUGGUCAUCGACACUCCGGGUCUGUUUGACACCAGGCACGACAAGGAGAAAACAACCAAAGAUCUGAGCCAGUGCAUCUCCUUCUCUGCUCCUGGACCACACAUCUUCCUGGUGGUCAUCUCACUGAGCAGAUUCACUGACGAGGAGAAGCAGACGGUGCAGAAGAUUCAAGAAGUCUUUGGAGCUACUGCAGACACGUACAGCAUGGUCCUCUUUACCCACGGAGACAACAUGGAAGACACCACCAUUGAGGAGUUUUUGGAUGACAGUCCAGAUCUGCAGGAGCUCGUUGGCAGAUGUAACGGUCAGUACCACGUGUUCAACAACAAGCUGAAGGGAGACAAUUCUCAGGUCACCGAGCUCCUGCAGAAGAUCAGAGACAUUGGCCAGAAGAACGGAGGAAGCCACUACACCAACGAGAUGUUCCAGGAGGCUGCGAGGAAAAUUGAAGAGGAGAAACAACGCAUCCUGAGGGAGAAACAGGAGGAAGAACGCAGAGAGAGAGAAGAAGUGGAGAGAAAAAUGCAGGAGAAGUAUGAAAGGGACAUGCAGAGACUUUAUGAGGAGAGAAAGAGGGAGAGAGAGGAGGAGGAGAGGAAGGAGAUGGAGGAGAGGAAGAGGCAGAGGGAGUACAUGGAGGAAUUGAGGAGGAGGGAGCUGGAGAGAUUAAAAGAAGAACAAAGAAGAGAAAGAGAGAGGAGAGAACUGGAGCUUAGAGUCUUAAUGAAUCAGUUACAGGAGCAGAGAGAAAGAAAACGGAGAGAGGAAGAAGAGACGCUGCUGCGAUUCCAAGAAGUGCUGAGAACCACCGGUCACCAGCGCGGAGGAGACGGUUGUACGAUUCAGUGA